AUGCCCGUUACCGAGUUUGCCCUCAUCAAGCUGAGGGGCCAGUACAACUCCCUCGAGUUCCUCGAGACACUCAUGGAGUGUCAGGAGAUUCAGGACAAUUGGGUCCGCAAUAACCAGGCGCACAACCUGAAUCCCGGCGCCAACGUGAGCAGCAUGUACACCGACGCAACGGACCAAUCGACCCUUCUCAUCACAGCGCCUUGGGAUUCCCCCGAGGCUCACGGAGAAUGGAUCCAGAGUGCCGAGAACAGGAUGGCAAAUGGCAGCCUAAGCGAGUUCACAGCACCAGGAGCCGACUCUGUCCUACUCUUCCACAUGGAGCCGGCGGGGGCAAGGCCACAGAUGCGCGAAGCCUUCAAGCACAAGGACAGCAACGACACUUUCGACGUCUGCCGCAUAACAGUCAAAGGCGAGCAUCGAGAAGCACUACAACUGAAAUAUCAAGCACUGGAAGACGAAUUGCGAAAGGAGGGUCUGGAGAAGAGCAUAUGGGCAGGCUGGAGGAUUGAAACGUUUGGUGAUGAUGAGGAUCUAGUCGUCUUCUGGGCUGGCAAUGUUCUAAAGGAACGAUUACAAGGCUUGGCGAGCAUUGCCCUCAAGAAGGAUCAUCGCCGCUUCAGGCACAUCGUGUAA